GGUGCUGGGGAGCGGGGUAGGGGCGCGCCCGUGCGGGCACUGCGGGAGCCGCCGCCACCGCCAUGUCUUCGCCCCCCAGGGAGAAAGCCGAGACGCGGGCCGGACACCCUCCUGCUGUGAAAGCAGGCGGGAUGCGGAUUGUGCAGAAACACCCACACAAUUCUGAUGCCAAAGAAGAAAAAGAUAAGGAUGACCAAGACUGGGAAACCAGCAGCCCACCUAAGCCAACGGUGUUCAUCUCUGGUGUCAUUGCUAGGGGUGAUAAGGACUUCCCUCCAGCUGCAGCUCAGGUGGCUCAUCAGAAACCACAUCCUUCAGUGGAAAAGCUUCCUCACCCUCAACAUGUCAAGCAGCAUAUUCACCAACCUCGCAAGUGAGCUCUCCAUCAAAAUCUCAGCCAAACUGCCAUCAGUGAAUAUGUUUGAGAGAAGACAAUGACACUUGAUGAUUUACACUAUCAAAUCUGUAAUAUUGACCCCUAAAAUCAUAUUCUAUUUCUUUUACUUUAAUUCCCAAGGGCUAAUAAGAAUGAAGACAUUAUUCAGUUGAUAUACCAGAUGGAGAAUUUUCCCCUUCUCUGUUUAGUAUUUGCUGAUCAAGGGUGGGAUUUUUUGAUAAGACUCUCUUAUUAUUGCCAAGACAAAACUUUAGUAUGAAUACGAUUAAUAAGCUUAAAGCUUGUACUUUUAGUUCUGGCAUUACAAUAGCAGGUAAUUAUGUAGUUUUUAUGCUAAAUCAGCAUAACAACCCUUUUGUACUGGUACUUUUAUUAUCUGGAGGUAGUUUGUGCAUGAGACAGACAGAUUCCAUAGUUAGCUUCCUAAGGUGCUAGGUGUCAGUGGCUGUGCCCUCUGAUUUGAACUAGUGAAAUGAUAAAAGGGUCCAAAGACAUUCUCAAGUGGACAGAAAUCCAGCUGAAUCUUCUUUCCACCCCUUCGCACUCAUAGUCUUACUGAAAUUCUACAGUGCAGGCUCUGCACGUACAGAGGUCUGUGGAAAGGAGAGGGAGAAGCAGUCAGAGUUGCAAGUAUGCUGCUGCUGUAGAUGACCGAUCCGUGAUCUCAUGGGUCUCACUGGGGUCUGUAUUUUUAUGAGGUGAUAAUUUCUCAGUUCUAAUAACAAGCUGAAGCAGUUCAGGCCCUUCCAGAACUGAACUUAAAAUAAACUGAAGAAAAAUCAGUUUUCUUUUUUAAAUUACACUUUGAGAUCACUGUUGGAAGAUAAGUGAUAACAUCAUUAAAAUGCGUUUAGGUUUAUGACCCAACCUCUGUUGUGCAUCCUUUUUUUAUUGUAAGGACAAUAAUGGUACAAGGGAAUAAAAGUUACCUUUCAGAUAAAGCAAUUGGAUUAGGUUAGGCCACAUAAUUAAAUCUUUUCAUUACACAGUUCAAAAAGAAAAAAAUCACAAGCCCUAUCAUCUUCCUUCUACAACUCAUCUCUAUAAAACCCAGGAAAAUUUAUUUUUUUAAACAUUCCACCUACAUUUUUAAAGUGUACUUCUGUUUUUAACUGACUAUGAAUACAGUGCAGGUUUUAAUGCCCUGUAGGUUUAUAAAACUUCUAACAACUCAAAAACUGGGUACAGGAGGUAGCUCUGUAAUCAUUUACCUGCCAACUUAGUUAAAGUUUGGCGUCACUUGGGGCUUUAAUAGUUCAUUUAUGUUUAAAACCAAAUAUGAGGAAAAAACAGUGAAAAGGGUUUCAAAACAUGAUUUUCUUUAAGAUUUUCUUUAAAUAUCUGAAGUUUCAAUAAUUAUUCUUUGCAUAACUGAUUUAAAACAACAAUUCUGUGAAAUAUGGCCCAUUUCACAAGCAAAACAACUCGCUUCAUGUGGGUGAAAGGGACCUGACACGUCCUUCUCUUUGUAGGCUUGAAAUGGAAAAGGUGUUCUACAAAGGAUAGGCAUGCAUAUAUCUAUUCUGCACCCAAAGAGGGAUGUACAAUCCACGUAUGCAGUCCUUAUUUUCAAUUUAAUUAGGUGACUACUUGUCUUAGAGAAUGAGAACAUUGGUUUUAAGAAUUAUUCUGUAUUAGAAUAUGCAUAAUUUUUAAAUAUGCUUUGUUUCUGAUGUCGGUACUUCUGAGGCCUUGUUCAUUGCCACUCAUGAGUGUCCAAGUGAUUCACAAAUGAGUAAUUUAUUCAUAAAGGUAGAAUUGUUGAACCUUGUGGAAUAUAAUUCACUGGCAGGAACAUUUGCAAGAUUCAGGACAGCAAGGGGUGGCAUCUCAUUGAUAGUGCAUGGGACUAUUGAUUGCACUAUAGUGCAUGGACCAUGAUUGGGAAUGAUGUGGAUGGGAUUCAGCUCUAGUUAUGUGUCUCCAUCUGAAGUAGUGUCUACACUCAAACCGUGGACAAUAAUGUAGUCAAAACAGUCGGUGUAGGUAUGAUGUGACCAACAUUUUCAAGACAACCUGAAUCACUCUCGACUCUAUUGACUGUCGUGGAAAACUAAACACACUUUGGUAUAGUUGCACACAAUUUAGUGGGGCUGGAUACCUCUACUCUGUGUCUGGUAACAGCAGGUACAAAUGUGUGUUUCUACCUUUUGCAAGCAACACCAUAUUUCUAGCCUUUUAUUAAAAAUUGGGAAUACAGGUGCUUUUGACUUACAAACUGCUCCUGGUUGUUAAUGCAAUAUAUACUGCAUAUAUAGACAGUAUCUGAAUUUUGUCUUUGAUUACUUAGAUGGAUAUAUAUGUCUGUACAAUGGAGUAUGACUCUCAAGAUAGCUUUAGUGCCUUUUAGAGUGCAGGAAUUCCUAUAGAGUUAGAAAAUGUCUCUGUAUGAAAGCAUAUUCUGUAUUGUUGGAAGGUGUCCAUGUUGAUGCAUAGGUUGCCUUACCAAAGUGUUACCUUGCUGAGAAUAAAGAACCAUAACUGGUGA